AUGACAACCCGCCUCCCGAGCGAUCCCGAUGUACAUGCUCUUGCUUCCGACCUCAUUCGAAACCUGGAGGUCUGGAGCGCCGAGAUCAACUGUCUGAUCGACCAGAUACCGGAGGCCGGAAGCGUUUUGGAAACGGACGUCGCCCGAUUGGGUCGCGAGAUGGCCGAAGGGCUCGCAGUCAAGCUUGACGGAGCUGUUGCAGAGAUGCGCAUGCGGUUGGCACACACUAGCAUGGUUAGAAAGGCCAACGAACGCAUCAUCUGGGACAAUAUUCCAAUGUGGACUGAUUCCUUAGAUAGGGAGGGACGGGGAAGCGCAACGUUCAUGACCGUCUCGAGUCUGCAAUGUUCGAAGGAUGCGGAGCGCCAUUACAUGGCUGCGACAUAUGGUCUGGCGAAGACUUACUUCGCUCUGGGUCAGCUAUGCCGAAGUGGUCAACAUUCGGAAUCAUUAUUCGGUCAUAUCCUCCAGUGCUGGGAGGAUGUUGAGGAGUCUCUUCUGCGAGGUCAGGAACAAGAUGACUGUGGCAAUAGAUGGCAUGUAGAAAGCCGUGCCUUAAAGCCGUCUUAA